AAGUGGCGAGGCAGGAGUGCGGGGGGAGGGGGUGGUCCGCAGCUGAAUGCGCCUGCGUUGUGGUGGCCUCCGGCGCCUCGAGGAUCCUGGUGGACCUGCUGAAGCUGAACGUGGCCCCCCUCGCCGUCUUCCAGAUGCUCAAGUCCAUGUGUGCCGGGCAGAGGCUAGCGAGCGAGCCCCAGGACCCUGCGGCCGUGUCUCUGCCCACGUCGACAGUGCCCGAGACCCGAGAGGCCUCCUUUCUCUCUGCCAGGAACAGUAGCCCCCCAGCAAGUUCCUCCUUUUUCUCCAGCCCGCAGCCUUCGGCCUCUCCCGUUCUGCUCCACAGCCUGGCUGCUGCACACUCGCCUCUCUCUCCAGGCCCCCCGGGUUCCCUCCGCUUCUCUUGCUGCCUGUUCUCUCCUUUUGCAGGGAGAAACAAAGGCAGCACUGCCCUUGGGGGAGCGUUGGCCCUGGCGGAACGCAGCAGCCGCGAAGGAUCCAGCCAGAGGAUGCCACGCCAGCCCAGCGCUACCAGACUGCCCAAGGGAGGCGGGCCUGGGAAGAGCCCUACGCGGGGCAGCACCUAGGAUGGGGCAGAGACUUGUCACAUCUUUGUUCCCAGCAAAGGCUACGUGUUAUCUCCUUCAGUUGAUAAUAAACCUUUCUGAGAUGUAGAGGGUCCAGGUCA